UGUUGUUAGGCACACCAUGUGGACGCAAAAGUAGAGAAAAUAAAGGCCGAAAAUAAAUGCAACUUGAUUUAUCUAAGUAAAAAGAUAACAAUGGGGAAAAAGAAAAGAGCAUUCAAUUGGAAAGCAAGGGAGCAACACGAAACUGUCGUUGACAGAUCAGCAGAAAAAAAGAUCAAGCUUGACUCAACUGUUCUAGGCCAAGAUGAUGACUAUGAUGAAGACAAUAUGUUGGUACUGCCUUCAGAAAAAAGGAAAUCAAAGACUACAACGGAAACUAUUCAGACAGUGAAAAAACUUAGUAAGAAGGAAAGAAAACGCCUUCAAAAUGUCCUGCUGCAAAAAGAGAAGAAAGCCAAGAGAGCUGCUUUAUUGGAAUCUCUGGCUAAAGUGCAGGCAAAACCAGAGGAAAUGCUACAAUAUGUUGGAGUUGCUGCUAUGCAGUCUGGACAUUUAAAAAGAGAAACAGAGACCAAACAAAAGAAACUGGAUGCUGAUUCCAAAAUCAAUGUUGUAGCUGGUAGCAAUAAAAAGACAAAAUAUAGUCAAUGGGGAGACAACUGUGAUGCAGAGGGGGGUGACAGUGAUGCAUCUGAGAGUUCUAUUGAUACAUCAGACAUGUCGACAGAUGAGGAGCAAGAAGAAACUAUGGUAGAUGAUGAGGAUGUGAAAAAUGAAUUGGAAACAAUUGCAGCUAAGAGUGAAAAAGGUAUGACAGGAGAGAAGGAAAAUGAGUUAGAGGACAAAGAAAAGAUUGAAAAAAGUAAAACAGAACAAAAAGAUAAAGAAGACAAAGAAAAUAGCAAACCAGCAGUCAACAUUCCAGUCAACAGGGAUAAAGAUAUUCAGGAAGCCAGGCUGAAGCUACCAAUUUUGGCAGAGGAACAAAUGGUGAUGGAGACAAUUAAUGAUAGUCAAGUCACGAUAGUUUGUGGGGAGACGGGAUCAGGAAAGACAACUCAGGUUCCUCAGUUCCUGUACGAGGCUGGGUAUGCCCAUGGCGAAGGUAUUAUUGGAGUGACAGAGCCGCGGAGGGUGGCAGCCAUCAGUAUGUCUCACAGGGUCGGCAAGGAAAUGAACCUAACAACCAGUGAAGUUUCCUACCAGAUCCGUUAUGAGGGAAAUGUUACUCCAAAGACAAAGAUAAAGUUCAUGACAGAUGGUGUACUACUGAAAGAGGUUCAAAAGGAUUUCCUGUUGACGAAGUACAGUGUGAUAAUUAUUGACGAGGCUCACGAACGCAGUGUGUACACAGAUAUCCUGAUAGGUCUCCUGUCCAGGAUAGUACCUCUCAGGCACAAGAAAGGAUCUCCCCUAAAAUUGAUAAUUAUGUCAGCGACGCUGCGAGUGGAAGACUUUACAGAUAAUGCUAGACUUUUCAGAGUUACCCCUCCUGUUGUGAAGGUGGAUUCUCGGCAGUUUCCUGUAACGAUACACUUUAACAAGAGAACGCCAUUGGAUAAUACCUACCUUAAUGAGGCAUACAAAAAAGUGUGCAAAAUACAUCGCAAGUUACCUGAAGGAGGUAUCCUGGUCUUUGUCACUGGUCAACAGGAAGUGAACACUUUGUGUCGCAAACUCCGACAGACCUUCCCAGCUACCCAAGGAGGAAAAAAAGAGGAAGAUAUUAUACCAGGCAAAAAGAAGAAUAAAAGAACAGAAUCUCCAGAGAAAAAGAAUCUACCCAAAAUCAGUCUCGACAAUUACUCAGUUGAGCCCACAGAUGAGGAAGAGGAGCGAGAGGGUGGAAGUGAUUCGGAGGCUGAGUUUGAUGAAACUUCAGACGGGAGUGAUGACGAUAAUAUACUUGGGGAGGAUGGUGGGUGUUCAGACCCGAUGUUCGUUCUGCCUCUCUACUCAAUGUUGUCUUCUGACAGACAAGCAAAGGUGUUUGCUCCACCCCCCAAUGGUUACCGUUUGUGUGUCGUGGCAACCAACGUAGCAGAGACAUCCCUCACCAUCCCCAAUGUCAAAUAUGUGGUGGAUACAGGAAAGGUGAAGACAAAGUUCUACGACAAAGUGACAGGUGUGUCUACAUUCCGAAUAACCUGGACAUCCAGUGCCUCAGCCAAUCAGAGGGCAGGACGAGCUGGACGUACGGGGCCUGGACAUUGUUACAGGCUAUACUCCUCAGCUGUGUUUACACAUGACUUUGAGAAGUUCUCCCCAGCAGAAAUCACCAGACGGCCUGUAGAUGACCUAGUCUUACAAAUGAAGGACAUGAACAUAGAUAAGGUCAUGAACUUUCCUUACCCAACACCACCUGACUGGGAACAGAUCAAGGCUGCAGAGAGAUUGCUGGUGUCUUUAGGAGCUCUGACCGCACCUGUGUCACGUCCAAAGUCCCGAUACAAAAGUAAGGAGGUACCCAGUCAAAUCACACCCCUUGGUAGGGCCAUGGCCCACUUCCCCGUGUCCCCGAGGUACUCCAAGAUGUUAUCCCUGGGACACCAGCAUGAUCUCCUCCCCUACGUGGUUGCCAUGGUAGCUGCCUUGUCUGUUGCUGAAGUCUUUGUGGAGCUACAUCAGCCGCCAGAUGAGUCGGGGGAGAAAGAUGAAUUUAAAAAGAGAUUACAGCACUUCAAGCAGAUUCAAAAGAUGUGGGCUGGCAAUGGGCAUUCACUGUUGCUGGGCGACCUGACGGUGCUGCUGAAGGCUGUAGGGUCGUGUGAAUACCAGGGUUGUACUCCGGAGUUUUGUCAGAAACACGGGAUACGCUUUAAGGCCAUGAAGGAAGUCAGGAAGCUUCGUGUUCAACUUACUAACUCCGUAAAUACUGUGAUACCAGGUGCUAACCUUUGUGUUGAUCCCAAACUUGACCCACCGAAUGACCUCCAGUCCAAACUGCUGAGACAGAUUAUCCUAGCGGGCCUCGGUGACCAUGUAGCCAGAAAGUACCCCGACCCUCCACCAGGAGCAGACGAUGAAGCCAAAAAGUUGAAAUAUGCUUAUCAGUGUGCGGAGUUAGAAGAGCCGUUAUUUAUUCAUCCUUCCUCUGUACUGUACAGACAAAAUCCCCAGCUACUUGUUUACCAGCGUAUUGAGGAAACGUCUAGGCUGUAUAUGAAAGGACUGGUAGCCAUGGAGGCGGAGUGGUUACCCAUCUUUUGUCCUUCACAUUGCACAUUUUCCAAGCCACUCGAUGACCCAGCUCCAGAAUUUGAUGAGACGAAAGGGGAGGUGAUGUGUCAUAUGACGAGUACGUUUAGUCGGUGUACCUGGGGGCUUCCUGCUAUAGAAAUGGAGUACCCUCUCACACUGGAAAAGUACAAAUGGUUUGCACGGUUCUUACUGGAGGGUAAAGUCAUACCUGGCCUUGCUAAAUUCACCACCAUGCUGUUGUCAUCUCCCUCAACUAUGGUCAAGACUUGGGCAAAGUUACAGCCUAGAACAGAAGUUCUACUGAAGUGUCUGGCUGGUGAGGGAGUGGACUGCAGGGAUACCCUUCUCAGCAAGUGGAAGACACAGCCAACAUAUCUAUUUGAUGCCUACAGCCAGUGGAUACCCAAAGCUAACCACUUCGAGCUAGAAGCAGCAUGGCCUCCUGUUACGUGACACAACAUUGCAUAAAACUGGGUUAGGGUCAAGGUCAAAUUAAAGAUAUGAUCACACAGACUCCCAUCAGGAAAAGCAGGAAUGAACCUAGACACAGAACAGAAUGGUUCGAAGAUGUUUCAGCUCUCUUGAAAAUACCAAAAUCUGGUACUAUGCCAGAAUCCACUGAUACAUAGUGCUGUUUGGUCAAAUAACACUAGACGUCUGAAGAGGCUUAUGGCGGAGAAUUCUGCGUUUAAAAUGACAAAUUUUAAAAAGAACCACUUUUAAACUAAUACAUUGCAAGAAAUGUGUCAGAAAUCUCUAGAAAAUCUCUAAAUCCAGAAAUUGAGCUCUGGCUGGUGUCUAUCAGGCAGGGAAUGUUUGUUUAUAACUGAAUAUCUGUUAUUACACAUCUAGAACAUAUAAAUAUGUAUGUGAUGGUGUGGUAGAAAAACAGUGGCAUUCAUGUGACAAAUGCAACUCUAUAUGUGAGGAUUUUACUGGAAAAACCCUUUCAGAUGACAACAAUUUUUUAAGUGUAUUGAGAAAUCACUUUUUUAUGAUUUAUGGUAUGAUGACGGAAGUGCCAAAAUAUCUCAAAUAAACACAACAAAUCAA